GUACAUGUACUAUGAAAUGCAGGUCACCUUAGAGAGCAGUCCAGUGGUUAAAGUGGUCAGCGCCAGCUGCAGCUGUGCCAUAGGUCAGAGCCAGUGUUGUGGUCAUGUGACAGGUGUUUUAUAUCUGGUGGCCCACUAUAAGCAGAGAGGAAUGAAGUCCAUCCCACAGGAUAUUGCCAAGACCUCCAUGCCACAGACAUGGCACAUCCCUCGCCAGGACAAAAUAUCCGGUAUGUCAGUACCAGAGAUAAAGGUUUCUGGAUACAAGAGUGAUGGAGAGGACAGGCCAGUGAAAUCAACCCUUUACAACCCCAUUAGGUCUACCCUUCCACCAUUGGAACCAUUUUUUUCAUCCCUGAAGUUAAAUCAUCCUGAUCUAUCACUAUUAACAACAGUUCCACAGACUGAUGAGCCAGCACCACCUUUUGUAAGAACUAAUUUUGGAUUGUUUCCUAAGGGUAGCACCAUCAGCCAUCAACAGAAAUUAUCUGGAAAUUAUCUGAUAAACAUUGUGGAUGGAUUUUUUCCUGAUUUGCCCAUUAGUGCUGAGCAGACAGGAGAGAACAACUACAGCAGUGUGCUGACAGAGAGUCAGACAACUCUGCUAGACUCACUCAGUGUCAGUCAGGAUGAGGCUGUGGAGAUAGAGAAGGCUACCAGACUCCAGGCGCAGGACAAGAAGUGGGUUCGUCUGAGACGUCACAGGGUCACAGCUUCGAAAUUGGAGAAAUUUCAAAGCGUAAAAAAGGUAAACAGAAAAUAA